CCCGCAUCGAUUGCCUGUUAGGCUCUCCCGUUCACGAAAGCUAGUAGUCGCUGGUUCGCGAAAGCUAGUUCGUCGCCGUUCGUGAAAGCUAGUCGUUGCCCGUUCGCGAUAGCGGUAGACUCAACUUGUGAUCGUCCCGUUCGGCUCUUGAGUUGUGCAGAAGUCGCCUCGGAGUCGAAAGUAGUGGUGAACGCGUGAACGUGCGAUAGUCUCUCUGUGUUCUUUCCGCUCCUUAUUCCUCACUUCGUCUGUGUGACCGUUUUAGCCGAUCGAUAAAACUUUCUGGUCGCCUCGUCUCGUCCGUCUUGAACGAUUAGAUUCGAUUGGCGGAAAACUGUCGGCGACAGGCGCUAAGCGCUGUUGGCCAGGAGCAGAAAGAUUGCCGUGGUUGACUGUCGUUGGCUGUUGCUGUCUGUUGCUGACCGGCAGCCAUGGCGACCGUUUUGCAGAAGAUCAAAGACAUCGAAGAUGAGAUGGCUCGGACACAGAAGAAUAAGGCCACGGCGCAUCACUUGGGCCUGCUUAAAGCCAAGCUAGCCAAGCUUCGGCGGGAGAUCCUGACGCCGUCGGGAGGCAAGGGGGGCGGAGGAGCAGGCGAGGGGUUCGACGUGACCAAGAGCGGAGACUCGAGAGUGGGGCUCGUGGGCUUUCCUUCUGUGGGGAAGUCAACCCUGCUGAAUAAGCUCACGGGAACCUUCUCAGAGGUGGCGUCCUACGAGUUCACAACGCUCACAUGCAUUCCUGGUGUCAUCCGCUACAGAGGGGCUAAGAUCCAGCUGCUGGAUCUACCAGGAAUUAUUGAGGGGGCAAAGGACGGAAAAGGGCGCGGAAGGCAGGUCAUCUCGACGGCCCGCACGUGCAACUGCAUCGUCAUAGUGCUGGAUGCGAUCAAGCCCAUCACGCACAAGAGGCUCAUUGAGAAGGAGCUCGAGGGCUUUGGUAUCAGGCUGAACAAGGAGCCCCCGAACCUGACGUUCCGGCGCAAGGACAAGGGCGGCAUCAGCAUCACUGCCUCAUGCGCCGUCACCAACCUGGACCUGGACACUGUGAAAGCCGUGUGCUCCGAGUACCGCAUCCACAACGCGGACGUGCACCUGAGAUACGACGCGACUGUGGACGACCUGAUCGACGUGAUAGAGGGCAGCCGCGUGUACAUCCCGUGCGUGUAUGCGGUCAACAAGAUCGACCAGAUCACACUCGAAGAGCUCGAGGUGCUGGAUAAGCUGCCGCACUACUGCCCCGUCAGUGCUCACUUGGAGUGGAACCUGGACGGCCUUUUAGAGAAGGUGUGGGAGUACCUUGACCUCGUGCGCGUGUUCACCAAGCCGCGGGGGGCGAACCCAGACUACGAGGAUCCGGUGAUUUUGUCGGCCAAGACGCGCACGGUGGACGACUUUUGCAACCGCAUCCACAAGGACAUGUCCAAGCAGUUCAAAUAUGCACUUGUGUGGGGGUCCAGCGCAAAGCACAAGCCACAGCGAGUCGGCAAGGAGCACGAGUUGGAGGACGAGGACGUGGUGCAGAUUGUGAAGAAGGUUUGAGGUGAGGCCAUGCCGCACUGCAUGUCAUCAGCGAUGCUGCUGCCAUGCCCUGCUUAACUGCCAGGGUCAAGUGCUCCUUAUGGUACCGUAUUAGAGACGGGCCCAGGCCUGCUUCGCUCUGAGGCCAGCUUCCCCGCUCUCUCCAACUUCUGCCUUCCAUUCUGGUGGCUGUGUGAUCCUUGCCUGUAGAGGCAAGGGAUGUGGCUGAGUGGAUGGAGACUGGGGACAGUGGAAUACUGUUGAGAGGAAUUUCUGUGGAAUGAAGUUCAGCUGGGAAGGGGCACCAGCCUCACGUGCAGUGCUCGUGAGUCGUGACCAUUGACGCUUUGGAUUCCUGCUGGUUUCGGUGCUUUGAACGUCCAGCUUGCUCUGCUAGAUGGCAAGGCCAUGCUGGGGACUUCCAGCUUCACACGACGCUCUAGGCCUUUUGGUGUUGUCAGGUAGUGCACGCUUGGUUGUGUUGUGCUUUCUGGACUCCAGUCAUGUGAAGCUACCGGUACAUGUGCUGUUGGGUUCAAGGAACACACCCACGCCACGAUUUGGAGUAUGUGUGCUCACGCAGGAAAACGUUUUCGUCAAGACACGCAGGGAAGCUGAGUUAGAAGGAAUACUCCGAGUUUGAAGCAAUAGUUAAGUUUGAGGGAAUACGCCGAG